GAUCCUAACAACUUGAAAAGGUUGUUGAGGAAAAAUGAAUCUGCAAACGUCCAUUUUGGUUCUGGUGCUGAUCGGGAUGUUCGGGUUUUCAGAUACGAGGAGAGGAAGGGCGAGGAGCAGGACCAAGUCAAAGUUUCAAAUUGGAUUGCCUAUUACCGGAAAAUACAGAGAUCCUGAGUCUGAUCAGUACUAUAACAACAAUAAUGGAGCCAAAAUUACUUUGGCCUCGCAUUUCGAUUAUGAAUACGUCCUGGGCCAUAAAAUAGCCUUCCUGUGUACUGCGAGGGGUAAUCCGCGACCACACAUCAUUUGGUAUAAGGAUGGAAGCGAAAUAUUCACCCAUCAAUAUCUACACAUACACGAAUGGCAAAUGGGAAGAGACAAAAUAAAGAGCAAACUCGAAAUUGAUCCCGCGACUCAAAUGGACGCCGGAGUAUACGAGUGUACCGCAGAUAAUAUGUAUUCGAUAGAUCGAAGGUCCUUCAAAACUGAUUUCAGCAUUGCAUUUGACUAAAAAUUCCUAUUUAUAUUAUAAAUUAUUAAUAAAAACAAAUUUUUAUUGUUUCUUUAGAUAACUAUUGUCUUUUCUUAAUAAUAACCACGUUAGGUGUUAAAAUAAAAU